AUGAGCGCUGCCGUCCCGCGCCAGGCCACGAUUUUCGAUCCUUUCCAGGAUGGAAAUAUUGUCUUGGAAUUCGAGACGUCAGAUAGUUUGCCGAUGGGGACCACUUUUUCCGACUACUGUUCGAGAUCCGUGAGGAGCUUUCUGUUGGGCUACAUUGGCGAAGAAUUAGCGAUAUGGCUAGAUGCGCUACAGCAAAUCAACCUCACUCGCCCACAACUUAUGCUAGCCAUCCACGAGAAAGUUCUGGCGAUUCAACGGACAGUUGAGGAGCUUCUGACGGCGCUUUGUGGCGAUCGACCGGACAUCACGAAGAAGAUUCGGGCGCAUUGUCUGGAAUGGAUUUUUACGGGAAAGGCUCUGGGAGUGUUCAGCCACUGUUUGGGCUCUAUGUUCGCUUUUUCGAUAGUGUUGUUUUGUCAAGCCGCACUGGAAGGGGAUCGAGCAAUUCGGGACGCAGCCGAUGAAAGCUUGAAAGUCAUCAGCGAUAUAAAAGCGUUCGUGGGCAACUACCGGAAAGAGCUUUCUGAGGAGGAACUCCGGAUGGGUGAUCCGUUUUUUCAGCCAAUCAUCUCGGCGGCAUUUUAUGCAUACUUUGAGCGCAUCGUCAAGGACAACACGCAGAAUACAGCAUGCCCACCUGACUUUCGCAAAAUGGAAAAGGCGGCCAGCAUUGCCGGUGACUGGCUGAGUGGAAUUCCUAUAAGGACGACCCCGGGGCUAAAAGAUGAGCUCAGUGUAUUUUUCGAAACAAAAUACGUGGAUCAGUUUAUUGAGAAGAUUUAUGACAUCACCAUCAAUGGAGACCAAAACUCGGCCGAGCUGAUAGAUGUGCUAUCGACAUUUAUGCAACGAAAUAAUGGAUAUGGCCGCGAUCGGAUAAUCAAACAAUUGGUGACCGAUGUGCAAGCUAAUUUGCUGAAAAUUAACGCAUCGACUCCGCUGAUUUUGACGUCUUACGCAAACGCGGUUACGGCUCUUCGUCGUCUCGAUCCCUCCGGCUUCAUCAUGCAAAUCGUCUGCGGAAAAAUCAAAGAUUACCUAAAGCAACACCGCGCCGACACCGUACGCCAGAUAAUUUCGUUCAUCACCAAGGCUGGGCACCGCUUCAACGAGCAAAUGGAGCGUUGCGUGAUUAUUGAUGACGAAGACGCAGCUAAUGUCAACGACGAGUUUCUGGAUGAGGAGGACAUUAGAAAGAACUGGCGCCAAUGGCAUCCAGAUCCGCCUGAUGCUUUGCUCAGUAAAUACCGCGUCAAAAGAUCAGCUGACGUCUUCACAAUGCUCGUCUCAAUCUAUGGCAGCAAAGAUUCGUUUGUGAAAGAAUAUCGUCAGCUACUUGCCGAGCGGUUGACACAGGCUGCCUACAAAGAUCCCGGCUUCGAGUCGCGCUACCUGAGCCUACUUCGUCUCCGUUUCACCGAAGCCGAGCUGCAACAAUGCGAGGUCAUGCUAAAGGAUAUCAGCGACAGCGAGAAAAUGAUGCAAUUUGUGUUACGCCAAAAUGAACUGCAAUUUCCACUGAGCGUACGAGCAAUCUCCACCUACUUUUGGCCGGAUAUGAACAAGGAUAAAGUCACGCUUUUUCCCGACGUGAUCGAAACUCAGUUGACGGUUUUCGAGAAGGAAUUCCAAAAGAUGAAGCCGGAUCGGAGGAUUUUAUGGCUUCGCGCUGCCGGAUGCGUCGAGCUGCGACUCACCCUCGACGGCGUCGAGUUUGAAAAAGUUGUAACGAAUGCCACGGCUUCGGUGCUCUACCCAUUUUUGGAACAAGAAACCUGGACCACUGGCCAAUUGGUCGAUACGCUGAAGGUGUCACGAAGCGCUAUUCUGAAGCGCCUCGGCUUCUGGCAGUCACAGCGGAUUCUCGUGCACACCGGAGAGGAUACGUGGUCCCUUACUACCCAAACGAAAGAUAUCGAUCGGUUACAGUACGCUGAGCAAGACGAGGAGGAGGAUGAGGAUUUAGAAGAUCCGGACAGCGAACGGGCUGAUGGGGGUGGCCCAAUGGAGGAGCUCGAGCAGUACUGGAACUACACAAGAACAUUUAUUGGAAGCCAAGAAGGCAAAGAAAUGAAAGCCGAGCGUCUCUUCGGCAUCUACAAAAUGUUUGGCAUCCAAUCGUUGACGCUGGAACAGGUGGUCGCAUUUUUGAAGAAGAAGGUGCGUGAGAAUCUGCUCACCUGCAACAACGGCUUCUAUCGCGUCGUCACCGAUCCGACGGCUGCU